UCUUCUUGACUCUAUCCGCCGGUGACCAAAGAAAAGAAAACGGAUUGCCGUUUACAUUAGUCGAGGGUGUUGGAGCCAUUGUUAUCCAGCCAGACGAAGAGUCACAGGGGUUUCAUCUAAACUACAGACCUCAUUUCAGCUAAUACCACCUCAAUCAUGACUGCUGCUGUGAGAGGUUCUGCCUAUGUCCCUAUCCGAGGUGCUGGUGAUGGCAUGGAAACUGAAAAACCACUAGCAACCCUGGAAGUAAACACAGAUGCACUGCAACCAGGUCCAUCUGCAGUUCCUCUCCUGAAAGAGGCUAGCUCCAAACACAGCCCAAAAUCGACCCGUCCCGCUCCCCCUGCUACCCCCCAGCCUCUUGGGGUGCUUCACCUGGGCAAGUUGAGUCGAGAGACCUGCACAGAGGUGGAGGCUGUGAGAAUUGUCAUCCCGCGUGCUGCUAUCAGCAGAAGCUCACGGACAGGACCUGCUGAAGGGAAAGGGGAGGCGGGGCAACAGGCUGAGGAGCAGGGCUCUCCCCCACGACCUCUGGUGGAGGACUGGAGAGGACAGCUGGAGAAGCUGCAGAACUCUGAACGCAGGCUGCUGCAGGACAAGGAAGGGCUUUCCAAUCAGCUCCGGGUGCAGAUAGAGGUGAACCGUGAGCUAAAGAAACUGCUGGUGGCAUCGAUGGGCGACGACCUUCAGUACCACUUUGAGCGUCUGGCACGGGAAAAGAACCAGCUGAUUCUGGAGAAUGAGGCUCUAGGGCAGAAUCUGGCACACACGGUAGAGCAGCUGGAGCGAAUGAGUAUCCAGUGUGACGUUUGGAGGAGCAAGUUCCUGGCCAGCCGAGUCAUGGCAGAGGAGCUGACAAAUGCCAGAGCAGCUCUGCAGAGACAGACCAGAGAGGCACAAGGAGCGAUUCAGGACCUGCUGUUAGAGAGAGAAGAGUUCUCCAGGGACAUGCUGCUCACUCACAGAUCUCUGGAGCAGCUCCUGGUGUCUCUGCAGUGGGGUAGACAGCAGACGUACUACCCCAGUGCACAGCCUCUGAGCACAGGAGAGCUGGCAGCAGCCAAUCACAAGCUUGCAGACUCCAUCAACUCCCACCUGCUGGGCAACACCAGCAGCAGCAACAUGGUGAAAAGCAGCAGUACAACAGCUGAACAGCUCUGCAGCACACCGGCUGAGAAAAUGGCUGAGAAGGUGCUGAAGAUUUUAGAUCCAAUUUCCUAUUCAGAAAACAAGGCAGAUCCUCCACUCAGUGACUCCACCCCCUCGAACUUUCUCGGCAAUAAGAAGAGCAUUGGCAGGUUUCAUCCGUAUACCCGCUAUGAGAACAUUACUUUUAACUGCUGUGAGCGCUGCACUGGAGACAUCCUGGUUCUGUAGAGGUCAAAAAGCAGAAAAAUGUCCCCAUCUGAUGCCAGUGCAUCAUUGGAGCUUAUUUCAAGGGUCUGAACAGCAGCUCUGUGUUAAGCCACUUCUUUAGUCAACACUAAAAGAUGGCUUCUUAACCAGACAUUUUCUGUCUGCUACACACCUCAGGGAAUAGCAGCCCUGGUUGUUGAUUUCCAAUUUCAGAUAACUGUUUUAAGUUUGAUCAUCCUACUAUUUAUUUUGUUCUUUAACUUGGAAAAAAGUUAAAUGAGAAACUGGAGUUGUUUGGUCAGGAAUCAUGAUGUGAUAGCAAUCAAAACUGUGUAAUUCAGAAUCAUUUCAGCGCGGUUUAAACCAUGGGAAAAUGCUGUUUUUGUGUUGGGAUGUGAGGUCAAAAGGAGUCAGUAUUACAUAGUGAACAGACACAAUUUAACAUCUGCUUAUUCGAACUUGAAGCUUGUUUUAUUUACAUAUUUCUAUAUCCAUGAUUAAAGGCUGCACGUCUGUUGUGGAAAUGCCUUCCAGGAAGUUAACAGAUAGAGCUAAUUGCACUGUGAGUGUACACUAACAAAAUAGUGAGCCUUUUAUACUGUAGGGGUCUCCCACUCUCCUCAGUGUGAUGGUGCUAUCUUAUGCUGUAAAGCAUUAUAAUAUACAUUCAGUAUUUUGGAAGUGGAUUUACAGUACAGAGUGUUAUUGUGCAGUGCCCAGCCUCCAUGCACAUGUUUGGUGUUUUCUGUUAUUUGCAAAUAGUUUGAAUUUUUUUUUCUAAACUUUUCCAAAGAGUUUAAAUAGUUAGUUUUUCUUGAAUCAUGUCAUAUUCAUUUGGGUGAUGUUUUUUGUAGUUCAUUAUUUUAAAAUGAUUUAACUUUUUUUGGGCAACAGAGUACACUGCUAUGAAAUGACUAAUAAUACAUUGCACAUACUUUUUUGUAGUUUUCUAAAACCAAGCUGGACGAUAUUUUGUGUGUAUGGAAAAGUGAUGGUGAGUAUAAUUUACAAUUGAUGUAAACCAUAAAAAUAUUUAUUAAUCAUAAAUCAAAGACCAAAGUAGUUUCUACCUUUUUUUUCUUACAUCUUGUUCUUGUCCUGUUAGAAGUGUACAAUAAAACUGAGCGCACCCCUGUGCAUUAU